AUGAUGAUAUCGAGGUCUAAACAUCGUUCUUCAGUAGAAAUUUGUGCUGAUUGUGGAGCAUCAGAUCCAUCGUGGGCAUCCAUUAACCGCGGCCUGCUGUUAUGUGCUGAGUGCUGCAGUGUUCACCGCAGUAUGGGACGACAUAUAUCUCAUGUGAAGUCCUUGAGACAAGGUUCUUGGCCGCCUUCGUUACUAGCGAUGGUCCAAGCACUAACAGCACAGAAUGUGAAUAGCAUUUGGGAACAUUCUUUACUAGAUACAUCGGCACCUAAGCACUUGCGGAAGAAACCUCAGCCAAAAGACCCACUGCACCCAACAAAAUCUGAGUUCAUCUUAGCGAAGCACCUCCGUCUGGCAUAUGUAUUGCGUGCGCGUCGCGACGAGCCGCCCAGUGAGCUUGGUCGCCAGCUGCAUAGUGCUGUGCGCAGCGGCUCCCUAGAUACCGCCAUGAGGCUACUAGCACAGGGCGCUGAUCCCAAUUACUACAAUCAGGAGAAGGGCUCGACUUGUUUGCACGUGGCUUGUCGCGCGGGGCAGCCGGCACAAGCCGAACUGCUGGCGGCGUGGGGCGCCGACCCCACAGCCAGGGACAGCUCAGGGAACACGCCCGCCGAGUGUGCCAGGCAAGGCGGUCACGUGGAGCUAGCCGACCGCAUGACGGAAGUGGUUUACGAGGCGACGGACCGCAUGAUAUACUUCCUGACGGGCGCGCGGCCCGAGCACGCGGCCGGCCGGCACUACCUGGCGCCGCGCGCGCACCACGCGCACGAGAUGACCGACGUGGCCAAGGCGGCGCGCGGGAAGCUGCAGCUGCUGCCCAACCACCUGUUCGAGGAGCUGGUGAUGGAUAUUUACGACGAGAUAGAUCGGCGGGAAACGGAAGCUAUAUGGCAGACCAGCGCAACGGGCUUAGAACGCUGCGGCGUAGUGUUUCUACCAGUGAAUCCAGCGUUGUCCGCGCCUCGCAACCAAGGCAGGCAGAAGUUGGCACGCUUGUCUACGGCCGAGAUGGCCACAUUACUGAGGGACGUGCUUGUAGAUGCAACGAGACGGCAGCACAUCGCUACGUUACAACCCAGAGCGUUAGGCGGGGCAGGCGUCGGUGCAUUGAUACGCGCGUCGCAAGCGUCCGACGACGAGCCGUUGUACGACUCCGUCGCCUCCGACGACGACUACGCCGCGCUGGCGCCCGAAAGCGUAGACAUAGCGAACAUUGUACCACGACCCGGCGAAACCGUGUCUUCCACUUACAACCCGUCCUUACCUAUAGAGCAUUCAUUGAGCUCCGAACUCCGUCGCGCGCAAUCGCCCAGCAAUCUAACGACACAAACCGGAACACCCGUCAAAAAGGACGAAAUAGACACUUUAAAAAAGGAACUUGACAGCAGAGACUCUACGAUCACAGAGCUGAAAAAUCAACUGAAGAACCUUCAAACCAUCGUAGAACAAUUGACGAAAGAAAACAGUGUAUUAAAAACAACGAGUAGCGUGGACGACGAUCAGAGCGUCGCGUCGCAGGCUUCUAUCAACGAUAGUUUCGCGAGUAACGUACUAGAUGGCGCUAGUAAGCCGCCCGAAAGGGGGCGGAGCCUGGAAACGGAACAGCUGACUUUGACAGACGAAGAGGCUGACCUAAGGCAGUCUCUCAAGAACGCGCAGCGACCGGUCAGUAUGUAUGAGACUAGGGAGGGACCAAAGAAUAACUGGCAGGUUACUAAACACCAGCUAACAACUCUCUCGGGUCUCGACCGAUCGUUGACUCAGAGCGUGCUGGAAGGCGGCGGCGGCGAUGGCGGUGAGCAGCUGAUGCCGUCCGCGGAGAUGGUGCAGCGUCGCGCCGAGCCCCUCACGCGCGCCAUCCAUCAGCUGUGGUCCGCCGCGCGCGACAACCCCGCCCGCCUCGCCGCGCGCUGCCACGACGUGCGACACUGCGUACGCGCACUACUGGCGCUCUUCCCGCAGGAUUGCGACGAGGACGACGUACGCUUAGCGUUGAGUGAUCUGCGCGCUGCGUGCGGUGAAGUAGUAGCCGCGUGUGGAGGGGGAACCCCCGCCCUGCAUGAGGUGCGCGCCGCCGCAUACGACCUCGCCAAGGCCACCAAGCUGCUGGUGACCCGCUACCCCGCGCCCUCCUAG